CAGACAUUGAGACCCGGACAGACAGACACACGCUCCCUCCUCACUCCUCACUCGCACACUACUGUACUCACCAGACCCGGGACCCAGACCAAGACCGGAGACCCAGACCGCAGCAAAAAAGAGUGUAAAGGGAUGCCGUUGAACUGCCUCGCCUUCCCGUCAUAACCACCUCCAAGCACCCUCCCAACCUUCCCUUGAUCAUUCAUCCAACUCUUCUUUAACCUGCCAUCUGCCACUCUUUCCCUCUACCCUCCCACAACUUCACGUCCAGGCCAGAUUUUGCAGGGCAGUCUUCUCGUUUUCUUUUCUCUUGUCCUUCAUAGACCAAUUGCUCUCGGAGAACCAGAGACACAGCUCUAGACGACCAUCCCCACCAAACAACCAAAUACCACCCACCACCCACCCAAGCCGACUUCACUGCCUCUUACUUUUCCCCCCGCCGUCCCGGAGCAUCUUGAAAUAGCUGCCUCCUGCUCUUCGCUGAGUACACGGAGUCACAGAUAGCUCCAUUCGCAGGCCACGAAAAAACUUCACACGCCCCCUUGAUACCCCCCAAAAACCCGCCAUCAUGUACGGCGCCGGAACCGGCCCCCAGACGGGAGUCUCUACACCCCGAUCCAACGCUUCUCUGCGCCCUCUGACUCUCCGCCACGGUUCUCUCGAGACCUCCCUCCUAGUACCGACCGCUCUCCACUUCCACGCCUCGCAACUGAAGGACCGCUUCAAUACUACUCUUCCAACCGCCACAGAUGAGCUUGCCCAAGAUGAUGAGCCGUCAUCUGUUGCCGAGUUGGUCGCGAGAUACAUGGGCUUCGUCGCCGACGAGGUCGAGAAGGGCGAGGAUGACGAGUCAGGCUCCUACGAAGAGGUCCUGAAGCUCGUCCUUAAUGAGUUCGAGCGUGGCUACCUCCAGGGUAACGAGGUUCACGCACUUGCCGCCACCCUUCCCGGCAUUGACGCCAAGAAGCUGGUGGUUAUUCGCAGCUACUACCAGGCCAGACAGACCACUGGUCGUUCAAUCAAGGCCUACGGAUCAGCGCUCUUCCGCGCUGCCGACGAUGGCUCCGCCGAUAUCUACACCAUCUUUGGCGGUCAGGGCAACAUCGAAGAGUACUUCGACGAGCUGCGCGAGAUCUACAAGACAUACCAGCCCUUCAUUGGCGAGCUCAUCCUCAAUGCCGCCGAGCUCCUCCAGACGCUCUCUAAGCACCCCGAGGCGGAGAAGCUCUACCCCAAGGGCCUGGACAUCAUGAGAUGGCUCGAGAGCGAGGACGAGACCCCCGACGUCGACUACCUCAUUUCAGCGCCUGUCAGCUUCCCGUUGAUUGGUCUUGUCCAGCUCGCUCACUACGAGGUCACCUGCAAGGUACUCGGCGUCCACCCUGGUCUGCUCCGCGACCAGAUCAGCGGAACGACUGGUCACUCCCAGGGCAUCGUCCUUGCCGCUAUCACGGCCGCCGCCGAGUCUUGGGAGUCGUGGAAGGAGCUCGCGCCCUCUGCUCUUACCAUCCUCUUCUGGAUCGGUGCUCGCAGUCAGCAGGUCUUCCCUCGCACGUCGCUGACGCCCACCAUGCUGAGAGAAUCCGUGGACAACGGCGAAGGCCUUCCCACACCCAUGCUUAGCAUCAGGGACCUUUCUCAGGCUGAGGUUCAGAAGCACAUCGAUGCCACCAACAAGUACCUCCCCGCGGACCGCCACAUCUCCAUUUCCCUCAUCAACAGCCCGCGCAACCUUGUUGUUACUGGCCCUCCAAUUUCCCUGUACGGCCUGAACGCCCAGCUUCGCAAGGUCAAGGCGCCGACCGGCUUGGACCAGAACCGUAUUCCCCACGCCCAGCGUAAGCUCCGCUUUGUCCACCGCUUCCUCCCCAUCACUGCGCCUUUCCACAGCAAAUACCUUGCUGAGGCGACGGAGCUGAUUGACGAGGACCUUAAGAACAUCAAAAUCCCCUCCAAGGCUCUGGGCACUGCCGUCUUUGACACCAACACCGGCAAGGACCUUCGUGAGGCGGGCGACAGCAACAUUGUCCCCACCAUCGUCCGUCUCAUCACUAGAGACCCUGUCAACUGGGAGAAGGCUACCGUCUUUCCCCAGGCGACUCACGUCCUUGACUUCGGCCCCGGUGGCAUUUCCGGCCUGGGUGUUCUCACCAGCCGCAACAAGGAGGGCACUGGUGUUCACGUCAUCCUUGCCGGCGCCGUCGACGGCUCCAUCACCGAGGUUGGAUACAAGCCCGAGCUCUUUGACCGUGAUGAGGAGCACGCUGUCAAGUAUGCCGUCGACUGGGUCAAGGAGUUUGGCCCUCGUCUGGUGACCAACUCCAACGGCGACACGUACGUCGACACCAAGAUGAGCAGACUGUUGGGUCUCCCCCCCAUCGUCGUCGCCGGCAUGACGCCCUGCACUGUCCCCUGGGAUUUCGUUGCUGCAACCAUGAACGCUGGCUAUCACAUUGAGCUGGCUGGUGGCGGUUACUUUGACCCCGGCAUGAUGACUACCGCUUUGAAGAAGAUCGAGGGCGCGAUCCCGGCUGGUCGUGGUAUUGGUGUCAACCUCAUCUACGUCAACCCCCGCGCCAUGCAGUGGCAGAUCCCCAUGCUCGGAAGACUCCGAGCUGAGGGUGUGCCCAUUGAGGGUCUGACGAUUGGUGCUGGUGUUCCCUCCGUCGAGGUCGCCCAGGAGUACAUUGACACCCUUGGUCUGAAGCACAUCAGCUUCAAGCCCGGUUCCGUGGAUGCGAUCCAGGCCGUCGUCAACAUCGCCAAGGCCAACCCUACCUUCCCUGUCAUUUUGCAGUGGACUGGUGGUCGUGGCGGUGGUCACCACUCGUACGAGGACUUCCACCAGCCUAUCCUCACUAUGUACCCCCGUAUCCGUCGCCAAGCCAACAUCAUUCUUGUUGCCGGCAGUGGUUUCGGCGGUGCCGAGGACACCUACCCCUACCUCACGGGUGAGUGGUCCAGGAACUACGGCUACCCUCCCAUGCCUUUUGAUGGCACCCUGUUCGGUAGCCGCAUGAUGGUCGCCAAGGAGGCCAAGACCAGCCCGGCUGCCAAGCAGGCCAUCAUCGACGCCCCCGGUGUUGACGACAGCGAGUGGGAGAAGUCCUACACUGGCCCUACUGGUGGUGUCAUCACUGUUCUCUCCGAGAUGGGCGAGCCCAUCCACAAGCUCGCGACUCGUGGUGUCUUGUUCUGGGCCGAGAUGGACAAGAAGAUCUUCUCCCUCCCCAAGGAGAAGCGUGUCCCGGAGCUGAAGAAGAACCGUGACUACAUCAUCAAGAAGCUCAACGACGACUUCCAGAAGGUUUGGUUCGGUCGCAACCGCGCCGGCGAGGCCGUCGACCUGGAGGACAUGACCUACGGUGAGGUUGUUCGCCGCAUGGUCGACCUUCUCUACAUCCGUCACGAGCAGCGCUGGAUCGACCCUACCUUCAUUAGACUCACCGGCGACUUCAUCCGCCGCGUUGAGGAGCGCUUCACCUCCACCCCCGGCCAGGUCGCUCAACUUCAGGAUUUCAAGGACCUCCAGUCGCCUUACGAGACUGUCGAGAAGAUCCUGUCCCACUACCCUGACGCCGAGACACAGCUCAUCAACGCCCAGGAUGUCCAGCACUUCUUGAUGCUGUGUCUGCGCCCCAUUCAGAAGCCUGUUACCUUUAUCCCCACUCUCGAUGAGAACUUUGACUUCUACUUCAAGAAGGAUUCUCUGUGGCAAUCCGAGGACCUCGGUGCCGUCAUCGGUCAAGAUGUCGGACGUACCUGUAUUCUCCAGGGACCUACCGCUGUCAAGUUCUCGAAGGUCAUUGACGAGCCGAUCAAGGACAUCCUCGAUGGCAUUCACCUCACCCACGUUGAGUACCUGACCAGGGAUCUCUACAAGGGUGACAAGAAGGCCAUCCCCACGAUUGAGUACUUCGGUGGCAAGCUGAUCGAGACGGACAUUCCCGUCGAGGACGUUGACGGUCUUACCGUCUCAUACGACGACGCCCACAAGAACACCUACCGUCUGUCGACCUCGCCCACGGCUACUCUGCCGAGCCUCGACGCUUGGUUGGCCUUGCUUGCUGGCCCCGACCGCAGCUGGCGCCACGCCCUCCUCACCUCCGAGGUUGUUGUCCAGGGUCAGAAGUUCCAGACCAACCCUCUCAAGCGUAUCUUUGCUCCGGCCCGUGGCCUCUUUGUUGAGAUCCAAAACCCCAAGGACCCCAAGAAGACCAAGAUCAUCGUCAAGGAACAGCCUCGCCACAACCAGUACGUUGAUGUCAUCGAGGUCAAGCUUGAGGGCCAGAAUGACAUUGUCGUCAAUAUGAUCAAGGACACCACUGCCCUCGGCAAGCCCGUCGCCCUUCCCCUCAAGUUCACUUACCACCCCGAGGCUGGUUACGCUCCCAUCCGUGAGGUCAUGGAGGGCCGCAAUGACCGCAUCAAGGAGUUCUACUGGCGUGCAUGGUUCGGCGAUGAGAAGUUUGACCUCGAUGCCGAUGUUAGCAGCAAGUUCGAUGGUGGCAAGGCUACCAUCACUGGCGAGGACAUCAACGACUUCAUCCACGCUGUUGGCAACACUGGCGAGGCCUUCGUCGAGCGUCCCGGCAAGACUGUUUACGCCCCUAUGGACUUCGCCAUCGUUGUUGGCUGGAAGGCCAUUACCAAGCCCAUCUUCCCUCGCACCAUUGACGGCGAUCUGCUGAAGCUGGUACACCUGUCAAACGAGUUCCGCAUGAAGCCCGGUGCCGAGCCCCUCAAGAAGGGUGACGAGGUCUCUACCACCGCACAGAUCAACGCCGUCAUCAACCAGGAGUCUGGCAAGAUGGUGGAGGUCUGCGGCACCAUCUACCGCGAUGGUGAGGCCGUCAUGGACGUCACCUCGCAGUUCUUGUACCGCGGUGCUUACACGGACUACGAGAACACGUUCCAGCGCAAGAUGGAGACCCCGAUCCAGUUGCACUUGGCCACCAGCAAGGACGUUGCUGUUCUUAAGUCGAAGCAGUGGUUCAACACUGAUGACUUGCCCCGUGACCUCGACCUUCUCGGACAGACUCUCACCUUCCGUCUUCAGAGCUUCUACCGCUACAAGACCAAGACGAUGUAUGGCAGCGUCUCGACCCAGGGCCAGGUUCUGCUUGAGCUGCCCACCAAGGAGGUCAUCCAGGUCGCCAGCGUUGACUACGAGGCCGGCCAGUCCAACGGCAACCCCGUGGUCGACUACCUUGAGCGCAACGGUACCCCGCUCGACCAGCCCCUGCAUUUUGAGAACCCCAUCCCUCUCAGCGGUCGCACUCCUCUCCAGCUCCGUGCCCCUGCCACCAACGAGAACUACGCUCGUGUCUCUGGAGACUACAACCCCAUCCACGUCUCGCGCGUCUUUGCCAACUACGCCGCCCUCCCCGGUACCAUUACCCACGGCAUGUACUCCAGCGCUGCUGUCCGCAGUCUGGUCGAGACGUGGGCCGCCGAGAACAACAUUGGUCGUGUCCGCAGCUUCCACGCCUCCCUGGUCGGCAUGGUCCUCCCCAACGACGACCUCCAGGUCAAGCUUCAGCACGUUGGCAUGGUUUCGGGUCGCAAGAUCAUCAAGGUUGAGGCCAGCAACAAGGAGACCGAGGAGAAGGUUCUCCUCGGCGAGGCCGAGGUUGAGCAGCCCGUGACUGCCUACGUCUUCACUGGCCAGGGCUCCCAGGAGCAGGGCAUGGGUAUGGAGCUAUACGCCAGCAGUGAAGUCGCUAGGGAGGUCUGGGACCGCGCCGACAAGUACCUGUUGGACAACUAUGGCUUCUCGAUUACCAACAUUGUCAAGAACAACCCCAAGGAGCUCACCGUUCACUUUGGUGGCCCUCGUGGCAAGGCCAUCCGCCAGAACUACAUGGCCAUGACGUUCGAGACGGUUUCUGCCGAUGGCAGCAUCAAGUCGGAACGUAUCUUCAAGGAGAUUGACGAGAAGACGACGUCGUACACGUACCGCUCGCCCACUGGGUUGCUGUCUGCGACGCAGUUCACGCAGCCCGCCCUCACGCUCAUGGAGAAGGCCAGCUUCGAGGACAUGAAGUCCAAGGGUCUUGUGCCCAGAGACUGCACCUUUGCCGGUCACUCCCUGGGUGAAUACUCGGCCCUCGCGGCCUUGGCGGAGGUCAUGCCGAUUGAGAGUUUGGUCUCGGUUGUCUUCUACCGUGGGUUGACGAUGCAGGUUGCCGUCGAGCGCGACGCAGCCGGUCGAUCCAACUACUCGAUGUGCGCCAUCAACCCCAGCAGAAUCUCCAAGACGUUCAACGAGGAGGCUCUGCAGUUUGUUGUCGACUGCAUCUCGGAGGAGACGGGCUGGCUGCUCGAGAUUGUCAACUACAACAUUGCCAACAUGCAGUACGUUGCCGCCGGUGACCUGCGCGCUCUUGACACCCUCACGGGUGUUACCAACUUCCUCAAGCAGCAGAAGAUCGACAUUGAGGAGAUGCGCGGCAACAUCGAUGAGGCCAAGGGCGCGCUCAAGGAGAUCAUCAAGGGCAGCGCCGAGGCUACGCUGAAGAAGCCGACGCCGUUGGAGCUCCAGCGUGGAUUUGCGACGAUUCCCCUGCGUGGCAUCGACGUGCCUUUCCACUCGACGUUCUUGCGGUCUGGUGUCAAGCCGUUCCGGUCGUUCCUUCUCAAGAAGAUCAACAAGACGACGAUCGACCCCGCCAAGCUCGUUGGCAAGUACAUCCCCAACGUGACGGCGAAGCCGUUUGCCAUCACAAAGGAGUACUUUGAGGACGUGUACAAGCUCACCAACUCGCCCAAGAUUGCGUCGAUCCUGGCCAACUGGGACCAGUACACGCAGGAUGGACCCGCGGCCACCGCAGUCAACGGGGAGCACGAGGGACCGGGAGCGGCUGCGUAAGGCUGGCUAGCUGCAAGGUCAGGUAGGGGAUGAAGGAGGUGUGUGUGGAGCUACGUUGUUACGAAGGACAAAAAAAAAGGGAGAGGAUUAGAUGAUUCAAGAUGGGCUCACUGAACGACUCUUAGACGGCGUAAUCGUUGUACAAACUAGCUGGGGAAGCUGUUUCCGGACGACUUGUUUUUGUUAUGUUGCAGGUUAGAAGUGGUUUUCGUGUUUGGCAAAUUUUUUUUUUUCACAGUAUAGUUUGAGGCGUUGAUUGUUACGUUAUUAUUUAAUGGUGGCACGAGAAGACAAUAGAGAGC